CGACACGGGUCGAGGAGACCUGACCCACACCAACACGCCCGUCGCGGUCGCACGGGACACCGAGACGCCUGGAGAAGAGGAGAGGCAAGGCAGCGCCGGCGCCGGCGCCGGAGGAGAGGAGAGGAAAGGGGAAGAGGCUAUGGCGACCAUCGGCUCCUCCAACAUCGGCUUCCAGCUGCUGAAGAAGUCCGGGUGGAAGGAGGGCACCGGCCUCGGAGCGCAGGAGCAGGGAAGGUUGGAACCUGUGGAGACUCGUGUUAAGAACAACAAGCGUGGCUUAGGUUCCAAAGAACCAAAGCUGAAGCCAAAGGUCGAGGAUCAUGUUGAAAAAGAUCCCAAAAAGCCCAAGCAGGAUAUGCCCUCAAAGAAGAGGGCAAAACUAGCUGCAAAGAGGAUAAGGAAGAUGCAAGAAGAGGAGAAGCGUUUACAGGAGAGGGAAUUCGAGAUGGCUUUCUUCAGGGAAUUCUGGCCCGAGAAUGUGUAAAGCAGCUACUUAACAAUCUGUACAGUAGCUGCUGAUCUCGGCUGAUAACGCCAUUGUACAGCUUGUCAAUUACUUUGCAAGUUUUGCGACUACCAUUGUACCUCUUUUUGCCCUUGCAUUCCUGCCGGUCAUCAAAAUGCUACCAUUGGUUUGGUGCAUGUUUUAUGCAGAGAUGUGUUGUUGUGUUACAUUUGGUUGAUUGGUGAAAGAUCACCUAGAAUUGUUUGUUAUAUCCA